AAAGUGGGAAAAUGGUUCAAUGAGCUGGAGCUUGACUCUGAAUUCUUGGUAUUCGAUCAUAAUGUCACUGUUACGCCGACGUCUGCUUGCUCUCUACCUUGUGAAGUAGGAAUGAUAAAGAAACAGCAAGGUGACACAUGCUGCUGGAUUUGUGACAAAUGCGAAGAGUGGGAAUACGUCUACGAUGAAUUCACAUGCAAAGAUUGCGAUCCAGGAUACUGGCCAUUUUCCGACAAAUUAUCGUGUUAUGCGCUUGAACUGCAAUACAUGCGAUGGAACACCCCUUACGCCUUUGUUCCUGCCGCAUUCUCUUGUCUGGGAAUCUUAGUCACAUUCGCCAUUAUCAUCCUAUUUAUCAAACAUAAUGAUACUCCAUUAGUUAGGGCAUCCGGCCGAGAACUCAGUUACAUGCUAUUAUUCGGAAUACUCCUCUGCUACUUGAAUACUUUUGCUCUCCUCGCCAAACCGACCACCGAAAUUUGUAUAACGCAAAGAUUCGGAAUCGGCGUCGGAUUUUCAAUAAUAUACGGAGCUCUCCUCACCAAAACCAAUAGAAUAUCUCGGAUAUUCGAUUCCGCUUCCAAAUCAGCUCAAAGACCGAGCUACAUCAGUCCGAAAUCCCAGGUGAUCAUCACUUGCUCUCUCAUAGCCGUUCAAGUUAUACUUACGCUGGUGUGGAUGAUAGUUGAACCACCGGGCACGAGAUUCCACUACCCUACCAGGAAUCAGGUUAUCCUCAAAUGCAAAAUACAAGAUAUGUCGUUCCUAUUCAGUCAGCUGUACAAUAUGGUCCUCAUUACUACGUGCACUAUAUACGCUGUCAAAACACGCAAAAUACCAGAGAACUUCAAUGAAUCCAAGUUCAUCGGUUUCACCAUGUACACUACAUGUAUUAUAUGGCUUGCAUUCAUCCCAAUUUACUUCGGAACCGGAAAUGCGUACGAGGGUUAUCAUCUGCUCAUAGUGACUGCAGUUUGA